AUGUCCAAGCCGCAGCUCAGCGCCGUCCCCGCCGCCCAGGUCGCUAAACGCAAGGCCGCACCUCGUGAUGACGAGGGCGACUCAGACGCCGAGUCGGAUGUCUCCAUGAUCAACGUCGACUUUGACUUUAUGAACCUUAACCCCGACAUUGACCAGAUUGCGCUCAAGCGUCUCCUACGUCAAACGCUCAGCCACGACGACCACCUCGUCGACGUGCAUACCCUCGCCGACCUGAUUUUGGAGGAGGGAGCCCGCCUCAAGGCUGGGAGCACCAUCAAGACGGAUGGGGAGGAGAGCGAUCCCUGGGGUCUUCUGGCUGCGGUGGACGUGAGCCGGUGUCAUACCAACCCCGCCGCCCUCAAGCCCUUCCUCACCUAUCUCCUCUCCCACAACCCCCCUGCGCCCAUCAAGGCGGCUCUGGAGGGUGCUGGGCCCAGCACGGCGCUGCUCUUCAGCCUGCGCCUGCUCAACCUUCCCGUGCCCCUCAUCCCGCCGCUGUACCGGAUGCUCGGGACCGAGUUGGCCGAGAGUGGAGCAAACUUUGACCAGUAUAUUCUUUGGGGCCGCGGGUAUAAGCUCGAGGGCAAGGAGGAGACUAUGGGGCUCGAGUUGAACUCUGCACCAAAGACAAACAAGAAGAGUAAGGGUGGAGCGGGCCAGCUCGCGGCCGGCUCGUUCCCCUACCACCCCGAGGAGGAGAUGAUUGAGGCGCGUGCAAAAUCGACAUUCACUUUCCCCCUCAAGACGGCGCCGCCGCGCGACGACGAGGCAUUUGGCGUCGAGCAGUUUGGGCGGCUGAUGCUCAUUGACGCGGCCAAGCUGGCACAGGCCGUCGAAGCAAUGGAGGAGGCGUGUAGGUGA